ACUAUCAUCCCGCCUCUAAACUGUCCCUCGCAUCUUGUAGAAGCAUCAAUUGUAGCCUUCUCUUUCCUCUCUUCCACACGGCAGAAAGUACACACUUGAAGUUUAAUCGCAGAUACAAGAGAUACGAGGGAUGAGAGCUCGAGCGCAGCCGCACAGAAGCGAGAGUGGAACGUCGCCGACGGGGUCUAAACCGGUCCAGAACAACUCGGAGCUUUUAAGCUAUUUGCUUGGAAGGGUGGAUUUAAUCAACGUGGAUCACUGAAAAGCAUGCACUGAGUUUGAACAGUACUCGCCGCUUGUUUUUAAACUUUCGAGAAAAGGGUGAAUAUCAGAAAGCUAACGGAAAAGGGUUGGGAAAAGGAGUGCAGUCGGAACACUGGCUACGGGGUUCUACCAGUUUUGGGAUGUAGCCAGUUGAAUCGGAAUGCGUUGUAUUUUUGAGGACAAGGUUUUUAGUAUAACUGUCGACACGGGUGCAGUUAAAUAGGCUACACGGGACAUAAGGAGUGCAUUUAAACCGAGAUUAUGACACUAAUGGGACAUUAAUAUUUUGCAUCAGAACAAGUAAAUUACAUCCCUUCAUCUGAACAGUUCGAGCAGAGAAUACUUCGUCAACAUGGACACAUUACGGAUUGCAAUGCGAGACGCGUCUCUGGUUUAUUCAAUGCUUCUUUUGACUUCUUUUUGGAAAGAGUCAGAGUGUCGGGGUGGUGGAGACACCCAGCCAAGGUUCUCCUCCUCUCUGCCCACCUACUUUCCUGUCUCCUGCCAGCUGCAGGGCGCCGACUCCUCCUUUUUCCUUCGGGAGGCAGGACAGGAAGUGAUGCGUAAUGGCAGCCUGCAGACGCGCACCGAGCCCUUCUUCCUCCACCAACCAGAGGCGGGCGCCGUCCCCUUGCCAUCCGUCAACUGUAGCUACGGCAACCUGACGGCUGAGGCCCCCGUGCCCCUAGAGCUGCUCCAGGGGUCCCCGCGCCUCCUUGGCCCCUCCCCCACCCACAUCACCCUCAACUGGAAGGUGCGUGCCCAUGUGGUGAGCCGCAGGGUGGGCUCAGCACGCCCCCUCGUCCAGGUGCUGUUCUACCUGGCUGGCCGUCGCUGGGACGAGGCAGCCCCCCUCCCGGAGCAGCUGCCCUGUGUGCAGGUGAUAGCGGUGCGGGAGCCCAGCGAGGCCUCCCCAUCGGCGAGCUGCAGGUUGAAUGAGGUGGGGGGUGGCGUGGGGAUCUGUGUGGCCCGCUUGGAGCUGCCUGUUGGCUGGUUCACCCCGUCUCCAGGUCGGAAGAGGCUCCUGGAUACGGCUCUGACUGGAGUGGAGCUGUACUACUCUGUACAGCCCCUAGAGGGUGAGAGCGAGGAGUGCCCAGCCAUCAAGGAGCAAUGGAGAGGGCAGAGUGGAGCAGUGGGGGACAUGCGGAGUGCUGGGCCCGUGGGGCUGGUGGUGGGGCCAGCGAGGCCCAGGGGGGAGAGGCUGAGACUGGAUGACAACGUGGAGAUCCUGGUGCCUCCCAGCCCCAUUAGACUGGGACAGAUGGUGGGCUUCGGGAUCAGCAUGAGUUCUGUCUCUAGUUUAGAGCAGUUCACUCUCAGAGCCCUGUUCAAACAAGGAGUCAACUUUGUGUCAGUGAAGCCCAGCAAUGUGGCUUCUGCCUGGGAGAUCAAACAGGAAACGCUACCCGGAAGUCCCUCAUUGUCCGUGUUCUGCCAGAGGAAGGCCAGCUCUACAGGGGAAAGGUUGGAGGGCUCCUUUUACGAGAUGAUGCAGGUGGAGUUUGAGAUGGACAACAUCAUCAACCUACAGUCUACCCAGACCAUCCAGUGGCAGAUCGAGUAUCCCUCCACAGGCACACAGGCAAAGGCCGUCUCCCACCUCUACAUCAGCCAGAGAGACAUCCAGGGCAUCGUACCCCUGGCCGAGGACACAGAGAUCGUGAACACGGCCAUCCUAACAGGCAGGCGUGUUGCAGUCCCGGUGAAGGUGGUCACAGUGGAGUGGGACGGUACUGUGAGGGAAGUGGACGAUACGGUCGGCUGUACGUCCACUGACGAGGACGUGGUCAAGGUGUCUCCUGGCUGUGAUACAGUGCUGGUGAAUGGGAAGGAGAUGCGUGGUAGACAGUCUCUGAUGGUCAACUUCACCUACCUGUACCUGAGCACCCAGCUGGAGCUGACUGUGUGGGUGCCUCGUCUGCCCCUGCAGAUGGACGUGUCUGACACGGAACUCAGCCAGGUCAAGGGAUGGAGGGUGCCCAUCUUUUCCAACAAGAGGCCCACCCGCGACAGUGAGGAUGACGAGGAUGAUGAGAGGAAGGGAAAAGGCUGCACGCUACAGUACCAGUAUGCCCUGGUGAGGGUGCUCACCCACUUUGUAGCGGAGCCAGCAGCCCCUGGCGGGGAGCUAGUCUACAUGCUGGGGGUGGACUGGCAGGCAGACAUCACAGACCUGGUUCUGGACUACCUGAAGGUGGAAGACCCACGCAUUGCCCGGCUGCUGGAGGGACGCAUCCUGAUGGGCAAGGACCUGGGCAUCACCACUAUCCAGGUCCUGUCCCCUUUGUCCGACUCUAUCCUGGCAGAGAAGACCUUAACGGUGAAAGAUGACAAGGUGACCAUCACAGACCUGGGGGUCCAGCUGGUAGCGUCUAUAACCAUGAACAUGCAGUCAGGAAGCAACCAGGUCAUCGCACUGACCACUACCGCCCAGGACCUGCUGCACAGCCCCAAACAGGAAGCUGUCAUCAGCGCCUGGAUCCAGUACAGUGACGGCUCUGUAACUCCCCUCGACAUCUACGACCCCAGAGACUUCACGCUGAGCGCCACCUCCCUGGAUGAGGCGGUGGUGUCCACCUAUCAGGAGCAGCCACUGCGCUGGCCCGUGGUGGUGGCUGAGGGUGAGGGCCAGGGACCGCUGGUCCGAGUGGAGAUGGUCAUCUCCGAGACCUGCCAGAAGUCUAAGAGGAAGAGUGUCCUGGGUAUGGGUGUGGGCAGCGUCAGGGUCAAGUUUGGCCAGAACGACGUGGAGCUGAGGGGCCAGGACGAGGGAGAGGGCGGGCUGGAUAACAGCACCAGCGACCAGAGACAGAAGGGCCUGGAGGGAGACAAGGCUGGAUCGGACGGCUGGAAGCACACCAACGCUGCUUCAGACCGUGAGGAGGGCGCCAUGAGGAAGACUAGCACCACCACUAAGACCGCUGUCACCCACCGGGCUGGAGGCAACAAGCACAGCAGUGGGGGCAACAACCGGGGGACGGGGGGCCAGAACGCCCCCGUGGACUACACCAGCUUCCCUGCCCAGGUGGACGUACCUGGGGGCGCGGAGAGCGACCUGUCUCAGACCCUCCGGGGUUUAUCCGACCUGGAGAUCGGCAUGUACGCCCUGCUGGGGGUCUUCUGCCUGGCCAUCCUGGUGUUCCUCAUCAACUGUGUGAGCUUUGCCUUCCGCUACCGUCACAAGCAGCUGCCCGCGCUGGAGCAAGGCAAUAUGAACCACGCCCACGACUGGGUAUGGCUGGGCAACGAGGCCGACCUGCUGGAACACCACAGUGACCAGCGCCAGUCGCCGCACCAGGACGAGUGCACCACCAUCAUUGAUCGGAGUGAGGGCUACGAGGAGAGCAAGUAUCUGCUCAACGGAGGGGGUAAUGUGGAGGUGCAGAGGACCUCCACCCAUGGCCAGACCCUCCCCCGCUCCCUCUCAGAGCCCCGGCAGUGCGCCGGCAAGGACCCAGCAGGCAAGGCAGAGCCUCUCAACAACUCCCCCAGCGCUGCCAAGCGCAAGCGGGUUAAGUUCACUUCCUUCGCCACAGUGCUGCCUGACGAUGGGGGGCCCUACACUAACUCCAUCCUCAUUGGCAACGAGGACGAUAUCAAGUGGGUGUGCCAGGACAUGGACCUGGGUCCAUCGGCAGAGAUCAGAACCUACAUGGAGAGGCUACAAGACAAUCUGUGAGAGAGAGAGAGGGAGAGAGACAGAGAGAGAGAGAGAGAGAGAGAGAGAGAGAGAGAGAGAGAGAGAGAGAGAGAGAGAGAGAGAGAGAGAGAGAGAGAGAGAGAGAGAGAAGAGAGAGGUGGGUAGAGAGAAGGACAGGGGAUAGGAGAGAAGGUGACCAGGAAGAGAGGACAGAGGGUCGGUAUGGGGAAGGACAGGGGAUAAGGAGAGAAGGUGACCAGGGAGACACGACAGAUGGUGGGUAGAGAGUGACCAGGAAGAGACGACAGAGGGUCGGUAUGGGGAAGGACAGGGGAUAGGAGAGAAGGUGACCAGGAAGAGACGACAGAGGCUGGGUAGAGAGUGACCAGGAAGAGACGACAGAGGGUCGGUAUGGGGAAGGACAGGGGAUAAGGAGAGAAGGUGACCAGGAAGAGAGGACAGAUGGUCGGUAUGGGGAAGGACAGGGGAUAAGGAGAGAAGGUGACCAGGAAGAGACGACAGAAGCUGGGUAGAGAGUGACCAGGAAGAGAUGACAGAGGCUGGGUAGAGAGUGACCAGGAAGAGACGACAGAGGGUGGGUAGAGAGUGACCAGGAAGAGACGACAGAGGCUGGGUAGAGAGUGACGAGGAAGAGACGACAGAGGGUGGGUAGAGAGUGACCAGGAAGAGACGACAGAGGCUGGGUAGAGAGUGACCAGGAAGAGACGACAGAGGGUCGGUAUGGGGAAGGACAGGGGAUAAGGAGAGAAGGUGACCAGGAAGAGAGGACAGAUGGUCGGUAUGGGGAAGGACAGGGGAUAAGGAGAGAAGGUGACCAGGAAGAGACGACAGAAGCUGGGUAGAGAGUGACCAGGAAGAGAUGACAGAGGCUGGGUAGAGAGUGACCAGGAAGAGACGACAGAGGCUGGGUAGAGAGUGACCAGGAAGAGACGACAGAUGGUGGGUAGAGAGUGACCAGGAAGAGAUGACAGAGGGUGGGUAGAGAGUGACCAGGAAGAGAUGACAGAGGGUGGGUAGAGAGUGACCAGGAAGAGAUGACAGAGGCUGGGUAGAGAGUGACCAGGAAGAGAUGACAGAGGCUGGGUAGAGAGUGACCAGGAAGAGAUGACAGAGGCUGGGUAGAGAGUGAUGAGGAAGAGAUGACAGAGGCUGGGUAGAGAGUGACCAGGAAGAGAUGACAGAGGCUGGGUAGAGUGAUGAGGAAGAGAUGACAGAGGCUGGGUAGAGAGUGACCAGGAAGAGAUGACAGAGGCUGGGUAGAGUGAUGAGGAAGAGAUGACAGAGGCUGGGUAGAGAGUGACCAGGAAGAGAUGACAGAGGGUGGGUAGAGUGAUGAGGAAGAGAUGACAGAGGCUGGGUAGAGUGAUGAGGAAGAGAUGACAGAGGGUGGGUAGAGUGAUGAGGAAGAGAUGACAGAGGCUGGGUAGAGUGAUGAGGAAGAGAUGACAGAGGCUG